GAGUUUGUGUCUGUUGGGCACAUUGCAAAUUAGAUCUGUGAUCUGAGCCCACGACUUUAAUGCACUUGAUAUAGCCUAAAUAAAUCAAUCAAAACUUGUUUAUGUGUGAUUCAGACGCACACACUUCAUUAAUGAGGAGGACUCAACUUGACGCUCUCUGAACUUUGUGUGCGUCAACGCCACUGGCCAUCGCGUUACCCUCAAUUAACUUUGCUCUUGCUACUGGAUAAACCUCUCUGGGGGCGGACAAAGUGUGUGUGCGUGCAUGUGUGUGUCUGCAUGCCCCCUACCCCAGCCCUCCGCCCUGAUCUCUUUACAGGACUGCCAGCCCGUCUCGAGUUAUUCCGGGAAUGCGUUGAACAUGGCUGCCGCGAUGAAGGCGCAGAAAACGGGACUGCUAGAACUUCGUGUGACUGUGGACCGCUGGAUCCGAGUGCUGGCCACGCUUACCGAGGACACGCUCACGGUAAAUCCCGGAGAGGGUGCCGAGGAACCCGCGAAACCCAACCCGAGCCCAGCUGGCGCUAUCAACGGAGACCCCCCGAACCUCAGCUCGUCCCCAGUCCCGGAAACCAUCACCAACGUCAAGCGCACCGUGCGAAUUACCAAGCAAGAUGUUGGAGGACUCGGAAUCAGUAUCAAAGGUGGGAAGGAGAACAAAAUGCCAAUCGUCAUCUCCAAGAUUUUCAAGGGCCUGGCUGCUGACCAGACUGAGGCACUUUAUGUUGGUGACGCCAUACUGUCUGUCAAUGGUUAUGACUUACGGGAGGCCACACACGAUGAGGCUGUGCAAGCACUGAAGAAAACUGGCAAAGAAGUCAUCCUUGAAGUGAAGUACAUUAAGGAGAUGUCAGCCUUCUUUAAAAGCUCCGGGUCCCCUGGGGCUGCUCUUCCAUGGGACUCCCCCCCCUCCACACCCCAGAAGAGCACUGAGCUCUCCUCUGCUGAGGUCAGGGAGCCUCGCAGCAUCCCACUGAAGAUGUGCCAGGUGUCACGAAAACAGUGCCCCCCGGACACAGAAAACAGGUAUUUUGAAGUGAUUUCAUCCAACAGAAAGAACUCUGUGUUCCUGCGAGCAAAAGACCCAGCCAUGGCGCAGUCCUGGUACAAUGCAGUACAGGCUGGGGCUGCCAACCUUUUACCACGAGUGAAGGAUGACAUGAAGAUCAUGAAGCCUGGCAUGGAGGUCAAAUACCUGGGUUGGAUUGCAGAGCAAGUGGCUCAGGGUCCAGAGCGACCAGUACUGGCUAUUCUGACAGACAGAGACCUGCUCCUGUAUCCCUCCUUGCCUGAAAGCAGAGAGAGCUUCAACAACCCCACCAAGAGUCACCCACUCAUCACUACCAGGCUGGUUCACUCCGGCCCAGGAAAAAGUUCUCCUCUCCUGGACUCUGAGCUGUCAUUUGGCCUACGUUCGGGCACCAAGCAAGGCGUGGAGACCCAUGUGUUCCGGGUGGAUUCUGCCAAGGAGCUGUCUGCCUGGACUCAUCUGCUAGUGGAGGGCUGCCACAGUGCUGCUGAGCUCAUCAAAGAGGUCACCACGGCCUGUAGUUGGAAUGGGAAGGAGUGUACCCUGGGAGUGCACAUUGAUGAUGGUUUUACACUAUUCACAGAAGAGAUGGGGGUCAGGAAAAGUAUUCUCCUCCAGCAGCCCUUCGAGCGCCUAAGAAUGUCCUCAGAUGAUGGAGUUCGCAUGAUGUUCCUCGACUUUGGGGGCCCCGAGGCUGAGAUUCAGCUAGACCUCCACUGUUGUCCUAAGACCAUCUCUUUCCUGUCUGCUAAGGUCAAGCGACUUGGCCUCCUAGCAUGAUAAUAGCCACCCAUCCAUUAAAAUCAACAAUAGGAGUAUUCAGUAAAACACACAGCCCAAAAGACUCUGAAACACCAGAGCUUGGGAAAAGAUGAUUAGUCCCUUUUUUUUUUCUAACCUCUAAAAUUAUUAUUUGGUCCGGCACCUCCCGAUAUUUUUUCUGGAAUGGAAAGAAAUCUGUAACAUUGAUGGACCUUUGUUGAACUUGUAAGGUAAAGAGAGGUUUUACAGAUGGCAAAGGUUUAUAGCCACCUAAGGUAUCGAUCUGGCGUCUGUCAAAUAUGUCAUGGUUGAACACUUUAUGGCAAACUGUGAUUGUGACAGAAUUUUAAUAUCUGUUAAGUCCCAGCUAUUUGAUUUUAUUUGCACCAUUGUUUAGUUGUGUUUUGUUUCAUGAGUCACAGCAGGCCUUUGUCAUAAGCAUCCCUUUAUCUUUCAGUCUUUGCUUUAUGUGCUGUGAGCAGUCAUUACAGAAGUUAUUUCACAAAUGUCCUGAUUGAUGUUGAAUACUUUUAAAUAAAGGCAGCUUUAGUGGGGUGACAGGAUGACAGCACUACAUGAUCAAUAGUUUUGAACAAUGUACAGAAAACUAUAAUGCUGUUUUUGUGGAUGCUUAAGUUGCCUUUAUCUGGAAUUUUUAUGUAAUGUAAGAAGCUACACUUUGAAAGACAAGUUCCAAAUACCAAAUCAGAUAUUUUUACUGGAGCUGAACAACUUGUUCUCCUUCCCCAUGUUUUUAAGCAUACUCAUAAUCUAUGGUCUAACAAAGACAAAUGACUAACAAAGUAUAUUAUGAAACGUUUUAUUGUGUUUUAGCUUAAUCAGUAAAUCAGAUAAAAAUGUGUAAUUUUCCUAACAAAAACAACUCUGCUGUUUCAUUUCAUUUGAAGCUGCUGUGUUCUGAGUCCUGUCUCAUCAUUUGACAGACAGCGGUUCCAAAACUGUUGAAUAGUACAUAAUGUUUGGAAUCAACCAGAGAGGACAAACAGACUUCGUCAGAAAGCACUGAUGGUGCGUUGUUCAUUUAAAUACUAGCUGAAGGUUAAGUUGUUCACUCCAUUAGGUGUUUAAUCUUUUUCCCCCUAAAUUAUUUGUCAAUAAACAACUUGGGGCCUUUUUUCUGUGUCCUGUGUCAGAAACGGCGCGUAAUGCAGCCGAAAAGUGUUAGGUGAACUCAAUUAAAUGGCCAGACGAGGAAG